ACCCAUUGAUAAACUCUUUGUUAUAACAACUUAUGAACGAUAUUAUUAAAGGAACACCUAUGUGGCAUCUUGUUUUUUGUACAAGGAGAGUUUGUAUACCGGUAGUGUGUUUUAAUAAACAAAGAAUAAAGCAAGUGACUAAUACAAAUAUUAAAAAGAGAAGGACAAAACCUCAAGUGCGUAAGAUAACUGGUGUUAGAUAAGGAUUACGCAGAUCUAGAACAAACCGGAGAUGAUUGCCUUGGUGUUGUGCGUGUUUGCAAAAAUUGUUGGUUUCGUGAUAAACGAUAAUAGUGAAAAAUGUGUGCAACUCACUGAAUAUGCAACCAUUCAGGAAAGGAAACGAGAACAGAAAAGGCCACCGCCAAGGUUGGGGCUGAAGGCAGCAAGUCCCGGGGUGGACGAGGACUGCAACAGCAACCCGAGCCUGGCUGGCAGCCAGCAUUCCACGCACGAUGACCUCGACGCACACUGCGACAACUCGGGAUAUCUGUGGUUUCUCGACUAUAAUCCGAUAUUUCGGGAUGGUUCGUGCCACCACACCUCAGUCCUGUCCUCGGUGUCCGCCUCGUACAAAGGGAUAGGCGACCUCACGUCUCGUUUCGAAUUCACGUCAAGAUACAACGAUAUAGCGAGAGAUCUCGACGCCAACCUCGCUGAAGCCGACAUAGAAAGCUUUAAAACUGAAGACAUCCAUGCGCUCCUGAUGACCGCUAACUUGCCGCACGAUGAUAGAGUUAACGAUAGUAACCCCCACGGCGAGAUGUUUGCCAGCAUUUCUAGCUCUAUGAUGGAAAAGUUUCGAUUCGACAGUUCCAUGAGUAACAACAGUAGUUUUCAGGGAGAAGAAUCCGUCGGCUCGAUCAAUACUAUGUCAAUAUGCAAGUCGGAACUGCUAUUUUCACCGGUUAAAGAAGGAGCGCAUGGCGUGCACUUCAGCGUUGAUAGUCUUGACUGUGAACUACCCACGGAGCAAGAUCUGAUCCUCACAUGUCAAGCCAACAAAGACAACUAUACCAUCGCCUUCGAGGGAAGUCUCACCAUUUACUCCGAGGACAGUGAGUGUGCUGAACCCGCGGUCAAUCAAAAUCAUGACAAACUGGAUAAAGAUGAUAUAAACAUAAUAUUAGAUAGUGAUGAAAGAACGCGCAGGAAUUUAGAAUUAUUAGAAAGAUGUAAGAAACUAACACAUAAGCUAACAACGUCUAUGGCUAGGAGUGAUUUAGGUUUAACUACGUGGAGUAAGCUUAAGAAACAGACCAGUCAUUUGCCCUUACAAAGGCAUCCAUCCGGUAACAAUAAUGAAAAUUCAAACGAAUCGACCGAUGUUACAAAUGAAAUGAAUAAUUCUGUAAUAAAAAGUCAGAGCCUACCGAAUUUAUACCGAAAAAAGCUUAUGAGUAGUUCAAUAAAUUCGGCAGCAUUAAGCAAUUCAACGGUCGACUCCUUCACCUCAAACCAAAGGCUAAAUGGUACCCCAACAUGUAUGAAAGUUUACGACGUUUCUCAAAAUCGCUCACAAGGAAGUCAGCAUUCAGAACCUAUGAGUACAUCGUCCACUGACAAUCAAACUUCUACUGACAAAAGUCAAACAAAACAACAAUCUUUCAAUUUAGUUAAGCUUUUUAUGAAACAAAAAAGUAAUAGUAAUGAAGGUAUUGUAACAAUGGAUCAGUUAGAUAGAUCAGAAUGCUGGCCUUCAUCAGGGGGCGAAAGCGGUGAGUCGUUGGGCGAAAACAAACCUGAUGAUUCUAAAACAAUUUCUGUUAAUCGACCUCAAGCCGAACUACCGAGUGAAGCUACUGAAGAAACGUCUUCCUUAUUUUAUGAGGAGAUUCGAUCUGUAAAUCCAUUUAAUAGAGUAUACGAUGAAGUUUUAAUAGAAGAGGAAGAAUCCGAUGGAACAAAGUUGAGUGAUAGUGAAAGUAAUCUUUAUGCCAUAGUGAAUAAGCCUCGUAUUCGACGAACUAACACAAAUCUUAUAGGAAGUCCGUCUAAAGUAAGAAGUAAUAGAAAAUCAUGCUCGUCACAUUCAUCCGCCACUAGCGUUAGUAUUUCAAGUUGCUCGGAAUCUGAUGGUACUCAAAUUACAAAAAUGAAUAGAGCUUUACAUCGGGAACCUUGUGAUACGAAAGCGACGUCGACUCAUUUCGAAAGUAGCACCCAAGAUAAAAGUAUGCAAACGUCAAACUUACAAGCCAGUGUCCCACAAGAUCGGGAAUUAUUUAAAGUAGUUGAAGCUUCCUUUUUAGAGAAACUGAAAGAAGGUGAUUGCGAAAAACCGGUAUUUGUCCUUUAUCCUAACUAUACACUUCCAGAUAUAAGCUUUUUGAAUGGUAGACCAAAUAUUUACCUUAAUCCUGUAAAAGUCAAUGUUUCACCAAAGUCUAGCGAGAGUAAAAGAGGUCGAACUCAAAUCAAGGGAAAGCGACCAUUCUCUUGUAACGAUGUAGAAAUGUUGAAAAAGAAAGGUCUAGGACAUAUAAAAGAUUGGGAUUCUUUGAACUUCUUAUUGCCUUUAGAAUGUCGGCAACUGCUAUCAGAAGUUCCAGAACUAAUGCAACAUAUUAAAGAAAAAGAAAACACAUCGAAGUGUACAGACAAAUACUGCAAUACUCCAGCUUCUUUAAGGCAGAGAAAUAGGCCAACGAGUUGCGAUUGUAAUAACUUGGGUACAAAUACAACAGCUGUGUCCUCAAGUUCAAGUACUGCGACUCAACCAUCUUCAGGCUACCGUGGGUCAUCAACAAUGCUUACUGAUUCUUCAGCACAAAAUAGCCCCGCUCCAACGGGGGCUUUCAAUCCUCUUUUUGUAUACCGCUACGAUAGUGCAACAAGUUCUGAAGCCAGCGGUCUCCACAAUGAUGGUCAAAGGAUAAACCCUUCUAUACCAAGACGAUCACUGUCAUUAGCUGAACAGAAUCGCUUGGCAAAACAAGGAGAAUCAGUGCCGCCAAGACCACCGUUACCAAAAAGUAUAUUAAGAAAGUCCAUAGAUAAAACCAGAAAAUCUAGUGCAAAACGUUACAGCAUGUUUGAAAUGGAUGAUCUAAUACAAGAUCCUAUAGUUUGCGCUAACGCUGCAGUAGAAAAUAAAACAAAAAGAAGAUCAUUGCAAGAACCUUAUUAUCUGCAAAAUCAAAAUAUUGAUUACCGUAAAAACAAUGAUUUAGCUGCUAAGAGAUUGUCACAACAAUUUUUGGAUGCCGCUGAAAAGGACAUAGAUUACAAUGAGUACUAUCACGAUGAAGGUGUGGGAACAGAAAGCAGUUUGGAAUCAGGAAAAUCAAACGAACUUAAGUUCCACCGGCCACAUACACCACCGAUGCCCAAACCGAGAACUAAGAAAUUAGAAUACAUAGAGUUUCCACCGCCCGGCGCAUUAAUCAGCAGUGCCGAUUUACAACAACUUGAAGAAUUUUUGAAGCAAAGUGGUUUUAACUGUCAAAAUAUGGAUGAAUGGGAUCAAAAUCAAGUACAAAAGGGGAAGAACUUAGCCGAAAUACCAAUUUGUGAAGAGGCUGAAGUAAGUCCUGAUGAGUUUGGCAGUCCCACGCGACACGAGGGAAGGGUUAAAUACGAUAUGAUCGACGUGUCACAGAAACGAGCUUUAGUCUCAAAUGUUACGGAUGCUGUAGAGAUGUUAAUUCAACAUUUCUCAACCGCCACGGACCAAGCUGAAUUAGCAUUCUUGGGCGACUCGAAACAAUCGCCCGCUUGCGCCAAAAUUGCCUUGAAUGCGCUAUGUCCAGCCCUUUAUGCUAUAUUUAGGGACGGUUUAAAGGAAAACAUUGAAACCUCAUUCGGUGCCGUCAAUAAUUCAGUUUGGCAAAUGGUAGAAUCAACAGCGAGACAAGGCCCAAUAACAAAAUCACUGAAUGAAUUAGUUCUGAGAAUAAACAGCGAGGAUGCAGUAACAGAAGGAUUGGUCAAAUUUAACGCAUUCAUUUUAGGUCUAUUAAAUGCGCAGUCCGUGGAUGCGUGGGUAUCGUAUGUGAGAACUCGGGAAUCAAUAUUGGCUAAACAUUAUGAUCCUGAUUCUCUCGUACUUGCCGGCUGUGUCGGCGAACCGCGCUGUAGAGCUCUACUCGAUACGUUAUUGGCCAGUCUCGAGCCCUUACGUCUGCUACCCUUCUCUCUGGACCUCAUGUUUGAAAUGCGAGAAUUACACAGAAGCUUCAAAAGAAUCGAAAGCGACAUGAGAGCUGCUAGCCGGCCCAGUGCGAUUAACACCCCGCAACUAACCCUGAACCAGCGGAACUUGCUGAAAUUGGUUCGCUCGAUGCAGUCUAGCGGCAUCAGCGAUGACUCCCAAGCGAGUGUUAUAAUGCGGAACAAAGAACCGUCGACUCCUGACCUCUUGAACGACACGGCCAAUCUUAAAACUACCAUCGAAAAAAACAGACCUCGAUCAUGUGUUAAUCCAACACCUCUCGGAUACGAUAUGUGUCCAAAUAAUAGCAGAAUAGAUUUAGAGAACAAUAGGCGAUGGUCGGGAGUGCAAUUGGGCUCCAAGUUGAUGCAAGCCUUCGACCGAUUAGUAUUUGACGAUAGUGACGAUUACACAGAUAGCCUAGAGAAUAACAAACCCUCCUCUAAAACGGCCGCCAAUGAGACGAAGCUUGAUACGAGUGGUGAAGAGCAAUGGAGACCAAGCUCAGCGAACAGCUCUGGAAGCAACAACACUGGCAACGGCAGCAAUAACUCCGGUGGCAAGUUCAGAAAACUUCAGCUCAAAUGGGAGAUGUUGAGCACCGCUGAGAGCCCUGUUACACCUACCGGUGAGACAUCGCCAGCUGCUGUGCGCUCGAAGAUUCCUCGGCCCGUGUCAUCGCCCGUUCGACCACAGGCGCCCUCUAUACCGUCACCGGCUAAAUCACAUAACGCGCCAAGAGGCAUCCCCGUAGCAGUGCGUAAGGGCGCGUCACCAACGUCAACAAGCCGGCCGCAAACCGCACAACGCAACACCGCUAACAAGAAACCUCCGCAGCCAGCUAACAGAAUUAUCCAUGAGAAGCCAACAAGGAAAUCAUUGGACAAAAACGGGAACUUGAAUCUUGCUGAAAAUAAAAAUCUUAGCAAUUUAAGAAAGGCGCCGACGUCCCGCGUGGACCAGGCGGGCGGUGCAGCGGGGCUGGCGCCGCGGCCCGCGUCGCUGCCGUACGGGCGCGCCGCCCCGCCGCCCGCACCGCGCCGCGCGGCUUCCUCCUCCGCUACACGCCACACGCAGAAACACAAAUACGUAAGAACGCUAUGGCACAGGCUGCCCUCCGACUCAGGGCAUCUAGCGUUCAACGAGGGGGAGAAGCUUCGGCUGAUUCUAGAAGUCGAUGAACAGUACUUACUCUGUUGUCGCGGCGAUCAGAAGGGUCUUGUACCCCGGGACGCGGUCAUGGACGACUUCUGAUGCUGGCCCUAGCGCUGGCAGCCACACUGGCGCCCGCUGCUCACCAAGUGAGUCACGUGUAGAGAUAUAGAACGAAUAGUACUUUUAGUGCGCGUAAAUCCAGUUGUAAUUUGUGUCGAAUUGUGAAUCAAGUUGUAAUUUGUGUCGAAUUGUGAAUCAAGUUGUAAUAUGCGUCGAAUCGAACGUCGAUGCAUCGUUUUUCGUUUGAACGGUGAUAAGUGAGAUCGUUUCGAAACUUUUAAUCGUGUUAGUUUAAGUCGAAAUACGAAAUUGUGUUAAAUAUUGAACGUUUAAGUGAUUUGUGACGUUACCUCUACUCUUCAUGUUUGGUCCUUUUACGGGGAUUUCAACGAUCGUAGUAUUAAGAUUUCUACUUUAUUUUUAUAUCAAAAGAUUCGACGAUAGAAUCUCAUGCAUAAUGACAUUUUAUUGGAAUUUUAUGACACAUUUAUAAUUAAUCGUUUGGACAAUUGGACAUGGAUAUUUUAUUUUGAACCGUCGCAGUAAUCCCCGUUCUAGGACACCAUUGGACAUCUACAAAGUAAAAUCGAUUCCGCACAUUUAUGUAUAAAUCUGUAGUAAAAUCUAGUCUUACGUUUUAAGGCACGACUAUAUCUUAUACUGUAAAUAUAACGAUAAUAUUAUUGAACUCAAAUGUGGGAGUAUUUACCGCUAAUGAUAAUUAUGUAGCAUAAAGCAUUUAGAAAUUUAUAUUGAAACAUUGACGGUAAAUGUUGCCUCAAUGUGGCGUGAUACGUUUUACUCUAAGGACAAAAUCUCAUUUAGCGGAACCACCGGCCGAGAGAAAGUCGCUCUAUAUUAAAAUUUUUAGAUAAACAUUGGAUAUUGGUGUCUAAAUUAAAUCGGUAUUUGUAUCAUAAUGUUAUUGUACUUAUCGGUGUUAGUUUGUUUAAGCAUAUUAUGUAUUGGAGGGUCAGUUGAAUACCGUGUUCGUGCUGGUCGAUAAAUCGAUAUGUCUGUCUAUAGUCUGCCACAGACGUAACUUUAUUUCAUCACACUAAUAGCAUGCGACCUUUCCAUUUCACCUUCCUAUUGGGUUUGUGGUAGGGGUCGACGUCUUUUACCUUUGGUACAUCCACAAAAUAUAUCUUUGGAUGUCUAUGGUGGUGUGGGCUUUAACUUGGUUGUGGAACUAACCGCAUGGCCUCUUCCGAAUUUCCUUUCCUCAGGUCCACAGUUCUGGAAAGUUCUACGUGGUGUUGGGACGUAACAUCUCUGUUACUAAUCGCAUGCGCCUAUCCACUUUCAUAUCCUGAUCGUUCGCUUCACCCAUUAAAAGUUCAUCCAUGAGAUCUUUUAUAAAUACAUAAAAUAGGUGAAAGUUACCCUAAUAACUAUAUCGAACUAAACAAACUUGUGGUGUAUUUUAAAGCAUUGUCUGCUUAGCAUCUAUUAACAACAUGAUUUUAAUGUGAAUAACACCCAUUUUACGGAUUUUAAUAUCGGUUUCGUUUGCUUCCAGAAACCUCGUAUUCAUGCCAAGUACGAUACUAAUAUUGUGAUAGACUAUCAUAUCACUGCUUAUAGUGCAACAAUUGAGAGAACGAUAUUUUUCGGUAGGUUUACGUAUUGCUCAAGGGAGGACGGUUUAUUUAGAUAGAAUUUUUUAUAAAAUACUCUCGUGUAAUCGUAUAAUUAUACUCGGAAUUGCAGUACUCGUCUGUAUAGAGUUGUAAAUAAUAUUAAAAUUAUAAUUAGAAAUUCAAAAGGUCAAAAUUAUGAAACCUUUGAAAUGCACGAUACAGUUCCUCUCGUAGUCCGUCGUGCGGUUGAGUCACAAAUUGGCGAAAUGUAGAUUAUUGUGUGUUGUAGACAAAAUUGUAGUUACAUUUGCGUCUUUCUCGAAGCCGGUGAUAGUCCCCAAAUUCUUGCCAACUACGUUCAGUGUACAGUUACAGAGGCUCGAUGACGACUAAUCUCUAAUGUUGGAUGAACGUCAGUUGACAAUCGUUAUGCCUUGGAAUAUUUCGCCGAACAUUUGCCUCCCUUUACCCGUAGCUUAUUGUUAUCGAGACGAAACUUAUCCGCAGCGACCGAAUAUUUGGCGAAAUGUGGAGAAGGUAAAAUGGACUGUAAUAUAGGGUGUAAUUUAUACAAUAAUUAGGUUAAGAAUGUUGAUUGUAGUUCUACAAUCUCUUUGUGUGAUUUAAGUUUGUAAAGAAAUAAAUACAUUGUCAUUACUCUGCGCUUGUGACUGAAUGAUGUGAUGUGGCCUUUGUAUGUUAUUAUUUAAAUUAUCAUAUAGUGCGAGUGAGCUUGUUGCAUCAGUCCAUGUAUUCAUCUACUACUUGCAUCGGGAAUGCUUCCACAGAUUAUGUAUAAAUAGUUGUUACUCGAACAGUCUAAUAACCGUAUAGAAUUAGCGAAAUAACAUGCCUUAAAUUGUUCACACAGUUCUAUAAAUUAAUACUAAAAUAUUAUUCUAAUAUAGCUCGCUUCUUUUGCUUAAAAUUAAUCGCUUUGGAAGUUAGCGUAUAUAUUUAAAAUAGCGGAGUUUGUUAGUGGUAAGUUUUUAACAGUUUGUAUGGAAAGAUAUUGAAUGCUUGUUUUAUAGAUGAAAUAAUUCCUGCGCGUUUUGUGAAAGUUUGAUCGAAGUGAAUGGUGAGACUGCGUACAAACUUUAAGUUAUACUUUUUGCGUGAAAAUUUAAUUUAUAAUUUACGAUUGGGAUCAAUAAGUUUGAGUUAAAAAUUUAUUUUCUUAUAAAAAUGAAAAUAAUAAAAAGAGGCUUUCGUUAUCCUGCGAACUUCAACGAACGACUGAGAAAUAAUUCCGAAUAUAUUAUGAUUAAGUUAAUUUCGAAAAUCCUGUGUUCC